CAAUUCAAAUAUUGUGCCACCAUGGUUACAAGUUGAUCUAACACCGGGUAGUUAUAUACCUUCUGGUGUAAACUGCGGAGAACACUCGACUUUUGACCCGUUUUUGGAAAAAUGCAGGGAGUGGUAUUGCCCAAAUGGACGACAGCUAAUUGACUCAAAGUGCGUUCCGACCUAUAAUGACGUCAUCAAAGCCAAGUAUAGCCUCUCUUUGAAAAUGACACCAGACAGUCUGUCAAUGGACGAUUUCGAAUCAGCGAAUAAAACCAUUCUCACGUACAGUAUAUUAUCAGAGAUGUUUGGAAAUGGCAAUCAGAUCAGGGCAGAGAUAAUCGUACUAUCAGUGAGGGCAGAUAACUCUUACAUGUACACUUUUGUGUUGGUAAGCAUGGAUCAUAAUUCCACAAAUAAAAACAAGAUUUUUGGUGAAACAACGUACGAUAAUGAUGUAUCCGUCAACACAGAAAAUGGUACUGUUACAUUCCAUGUAGAAUUUUCUGUUGGUAUCAAGAUAGAAUUAAGUACAUAUCCGCUGAGCGAUAUUGUGAUUAUUGAUUUACUUGAGUACACUGCUUUAACAAACGUGUACAGGGUGGAGGUUGAACGUAUCAAACAUGCGUUCAAAUAUAUGCAAAUCUCGAAGAUGUCGUUCUGCACACAGGUAGUCCUUCAUAAAAGCGAAAUUCACGAUUAUAUCGAUAUUUUCGAUAUCAUCGUAUCGAACACACGUAUUUACAUUGGCGAGUUUGCACGAACCGCACGCUACGAUCAGAUACGCAUCUGCCUGUCCGACUAUCUUCGCGGCGCCGCGAAAUAUCUAGAAGAAAAGCGAAGGGCUGAAAUGUUUACACCGCAAGCUAUCGUGUCGGUAGUAUGCAAUAUGAUGUCAAUCGCCGGGCUGCUGGCUACCAUCUUGACAUACAUAGUUUUUGACGAGUUACGUUCAAUCCCUGGUAAGAAUAACAUGAUGUUGUCGAUACAUCUUCUCUUUGCACAAGUUUUGUUUCAGUUCGGUAUGGAUCAGACGGAAACACCGAAACUCUGUAUCGCUCUAGGGGUUUUCAUACAUUUGUUCUGGCUCACAGCAAUAUUCUGGAUGAAUGCUUGCACGUUGCACAUGUUCCGGACAUUUGUAACAGGACAAAGCUAUCGCUCCGUACGUGCGCUAGACCCACAAGUUUGUUGUUAUGCACUCUAUUGCUACGGUAUUGCCGUUUCGAUGGUAGCUAUAAACAUCGCCGUGUCAAUGUACAGGUCUGAUGGUAAAGAAAUUGGGUAUGGUGGACGUGUUUGUUAUAUAUCGAACCCAGUUAUGGUGGGAUGGGUCUUUGCCUUGCCUGUCGGUGUUAUAAUUAUUUUGAAUAUGGGCUUCUUUUUCGCCGUCGUCUAUCAAAUCUCCGCGUCGACGAUGCGUCGUCGCGGAAAAUCCAGCGACCGCGCUAACACGGUAAUAUACAUGAAACUAUCCUCAUUGACAGGUGUCACCUGGAUUUUUGGCUAUUUAUACCUCUGGACUGAUUUUACCCCUCUUGAAUAUAUUUUCAUAGUACUAAAUGCGGGUCAAGGAGUGUUUAUAUUCAUCUCGUUUAUUUGCACGCAGCGCAUUACGAAACUGUACUGGAAUUUAUUUCGGAAAUACUGCAGGUCUUGCCGGGAAAAUCGUUCUUGCGCAUGCAUAUGUACACGAAAACUCGACGAGUCGGAAGCAAAUGUUGUAGAAAUGAACACGGCAAAAAUCUCACUCACUGCAGCUUCGAUCACGAAAGGUCCUACUUCUCGAAAGCGAGUCAACGAGGCUAAAGAUAAAUCUAGUUCAAAUAAUAAAAACCAGUCGUCAUCUGAUAUGUUCAAGGAUAGUUCUAAAAUCGCUCGCCAGCUUUGUAACCCUGUUUCGCAUGGCAAAGAGCACGCGGAAAACAAAAAUGAAAUUAACAUGGACUUUGUUAAUUAUAACGCAGGAGUGGAGAUAAGCGAGGGGUUAAAAAACGGGCUACAAAACAUUGCAAUCGCAGCCGUUGGGUUGCAUGAUAUAGAGUUCAUACCGGCAAAACUCGGUGAGUGAGCUAUGAUCGAGACAACUGUUUUGAUAUCAGCUAACACCAACAUCUUCUGGUAAUAUUAGGCAAAAACUUGUAAUUGUUGAUAGACUAUUAAUGUUAAA